CACCAGCUGAAGGUCGUUGACAAAAUGCCGCCUGCCAUGGCGCUGUGGACCUCUUCCUUGUGACGCAACACUUGAGGUGCUGGGGAUGGGUACCUGGACAGCGAAUCUCUUCCAAAGCAUUCUGGACACUCGCCGUGAGAAGUAUGGCGAUGAAAAUGCCAAAACGCUCACCAGCAUGACCCACAUGGGGGGCAUCCUCGAGAAGCGAGGGCACUUGAAGGGCGCCUUGGACCACUACGGUGAAGCGAUGAAUAUCCGCCGUGACGUGCUGGGAGACAAACAUCCCAAGACCUUGCAGUCCAUUGGAAAGAUGGCCUCCAUGUGCAAGCAGCAAGGACAAACCUAUGAGGCUUUGAUCUUGGCGCAGGAGGCUUUGUUUGGAUCCAAGAAGGCCUUUGGCGAGCAGGUUCGGGAUAUUUGGGCAUGGUUCCACGUCCAGGAAGCUGAAGAGCAUUCCCAAGUUCGUUGUUCGCCAGCCAUGAAUCGUGUGCAUCGCCAACGUCGUCGCAACGUGCUAAUUGUCUUGGCUGUGGCUUUCUUGUUUUCCUUAGUGCCGCACCCAAAGGACGGUGACGACAAGUCAGCGCAGAAGCAGUAUGUCAUCGCGGCACAUGAGAGCCAUGCCGACGUCAUCGAGGCAGAGAACACUUGCAUCUCCGUGAUGUUGUUGGGAUGCAUGGGUUUCAUGAUGGCCACCUUCUACUUGGUGAACUGGCCCGACGAGGACAUCCGCCGGAUCUCAUGGGAAGUCAUCAGUUCCACCAUCAGCGUUUUCGGGUCGCUAUUGCUUUUCCAAGGAUUCAACAGGGUGUUGGAGCACUACCUCUUCGGCGAUUUGUCGAUCUGGCAGCAGGUUGGGGGGGCAAUGCUGCAAUUGCUGCUGUGGUUCGCUAUGCUACAGCUGGUCCUGGGCUAUCAAUCCGGUGCCGUUGGAGAGAACGGCAAGGUGUCCCAAAGGCGUGCCGCUCUCGAAUCCGCGCAGAUGUCAAGCAGUCCCAAUGAGAGGUUGCAGCACUUUCGGUUGGCGGAGCGGUUGAUGCACGACAUCCAGCUGGACACCCACGCGGCAGCCGUGCUCAUGGGCCACGUCACUGGCUUUGCCGCAGUGAACGCCUGGGGCUUUCUGCAGCAGGCGGUGCCGCGUACUUUCUGGUGCUGUGCGGCCGUUCCACCGCUGUCCUUUCUCGGCAUCUCGUGGGUCUACAAAGCCACGAGAUACGUGCGCCACAAGAAGACGUUUGCUGAUGGCGAAGAGGACGAGUACGAGGUGGUUUGGGGUGAACACGUGGCCGAAACGGAGGAUGAGGUAAUUUCUCUGGCUGUGUCUUUCCUGGCAGUGCAGAUGCUUCGCUUUUGCAUCUCUGGACACCUCCCAGAUGCGUCCGGAGUCGACAAACCUUGGCAGGAGUGGCACUCCAAUUUCCAGUGUGCUCUGCUGCUGCUGGCUGGAGUGAUCGCAGGGGGUGCUGAUGUUGCACGGCUUCUCCACGAGAGGUCUCACAACGUCAAUUUCACCCGGGUCGCCAGCUCUGACUCCAAAGUCAGCACUUCCCCCGUUUCUUCUGCGCGCGCGGGCGGAUGGUUCCAAAAGAUCUCGGCUAUGACUUUCGCCUUUAGCCUCCUCUUUGCUGCAGAGUGGUGGAUUUCCUCAAAUUUCGACUUGGAUGGGUCCUUGAAGGCAGUGGUCUCUGCUUUAUUGGUGACCUUUGCGGCCUUUAUUUUUAUCUUUGGCAUCGAUAAGGUGGCCGACAUGCAUUUUGAGGAUGCCGAACUGGACCAGGCACUUCGCCUGAUCAUCUCGGCCUUGGGAAUGUUGGUUGGUUUCUCAUGGGAACGCUGCUUCGAUGCCGCUCUGGGCGGCUUAUCCACUCGUGGCCAGGGCGACGGCUACGAAGGUGCCAAUGCCGCAAUGAGCCGGCACCACCUUGGCCUUGGAAGCGUACCACCGGCAGUGUGCAAUCUGCUCAUGGCAGUGGGUUUGGCCGUGUUGGUGCUGCCUGCGUGGAAGUGGUACAUCCUACCUUCGCUCCACAACCAUGGCCACGAUGAUUCCAAAGGAAGUGAAGCAAGUGCCCAUAGUGCCAGAAAAGGACGUUUUGUGGGGCUGCUGGGCUAG